AUGUCUGAUCCUGAGCAGCAACGUUUUGAGACUCUUCAGCUCCAUGCAGGCCAGGAACCUGACCCUGCAACUAACUCCCGAGCCGUUCCAAUCUAUGCGACUACGUCCUAUACUUUCAAUGACUCCGCACACGGUGCUAGGCUCUUUGGCCUCAAAGAGUUUGGCAACAUCUACAGCCGAAUCAUGAACCCCACAGUGGAUGUGUUUGAGAAGCGUAUAGCUGCACUCGAGGGUGGUGUUGCUGCAGUGGCCGCUUCAUCUGGACAGGCAGCCCAAUUCAUGACCAUUUCUGCCCUAGCACAUGCUGGCGACAACAUCAUAUCCACAAGUAAUCUCUAUGGCGGGACAUACAACCAGUUCAAGGUUCUCUUUCCGCGACUAGGAAUUACCACCAAAUUUGUGCAGGGGGAUAAGGCAGAGGACUUCGCCGCGGUCAUUGACGACCGCACCAAAGCCAUCUUCGUCGAGACCAUAGGAAACCCUCGCUACAAUGUGCCUGACUUGGAGGCCAUAGCCAAAGUCGCGCAUGAUAAAGGUGUUCCCCUGGUGGUUGACAACACCUUCGGUGCUGGUGGCUACUUUGUCCGACCCAUCGAGCAUGGUGCAGACAUCGUUGUGCAUAGUGCAACAAAAUGGAUUGGUGGUCACGGCACAACUAUUGCAGGCGUCGUUAUCGACAGCGGCAAAUUUGACUGGGGCAAGAACGCCGCGCGAUUCCCCCAGUUUACGCAACCAUCUGAGGGAUACCACGGCCUGAAUUUCUGGGAAACCUUUGGCCCCAUCGCGUUCGCGAUCCGUGUUCGGGUCGAGAUCCUUCGUGAUGUCGGGUCUGCCCUGAACCCCUUUGCCGCUCAGCAGCUCAUCCUAGGCCUGGAAACCCUGAGCCUGCGCGCCGAACGCCACGCUGCCAACGCCCUCGUCCUCGCAACCUGGUUGAAGAACAACGAGCACGUCAAGUGGGUCUCCUACCCCGGCCUCGAAGAACACCCGAGCCACGAAGUUGCCAAGAAGUAUCUCAAGCGUGGCUUUGGUGGUGUUUUGUCCUUCGGUGUCAAGGGCGAGGCAGCCGUGGGAAGUCAGGUAGUCGACAACUUCAAGCUCAUCUCCAACCUAGCAAAUGUUGGGGACUCAAAGACCCUCGCAAUCCACCCCUGGAGCACGACACACGAACAGUUGACCGACCAAGAGCGCUUAGACUCUGGUGUCACUGAAGAUGGCAUCCGUAUAUCUGUCGGAACCGAGCACAUCGACGACAUUAUCGCCGACUUUGAGCAGUCGUUUGCGGCAAUAUUCAAAGUCGCUCAAAGCGGGUAA